GGUAUUCCUCUCUAUAUGACAUUCAGAGUCUGGACUUGACCGCAAGUGCAACUGGUAUCUACUACUCACCAGGUAUCUAUCGUUUACGGUAUGCCUCCUAGAGGAACGUAGGGAGUGCCCUUGAAUUUCUAACCCGAAUUAGAUCUGUCUCCGGCAACACAGAACCUCCGAAAUUUCUCGACCAUGCCUAAGAAGGCCCCGAAGAUGUCCACCCCCGGCGCCUCGCCUCCUCGCAAUAGACGCAUCUCGCUUCCAUAUGCGGAAUCUCCCGCCAUGAGCGACAAUAGCCCAAAUAGUUCGCCUUCGGUACUUUCACCUCUCGUCCGUACUCAUCUCAGUCGCAGCGAUCUGAAUGAUAUCGACAAGAAAAGUCGGGAAAUCCGAAACGCCCGACGUUAUUUCAGCGAAAUGUCUGCGAGAGGCUAUGAAGAGGCUGGGGACAGAGGGCUUGGGGGGAGCCCUGGGAUAAGCAACCAGGAGCAGUCUAAGCUCCUAUUGUAUAAGGAAAAGUUAGCCUCGUUCAAGAGAGCCAAGGAACUGGAAUUGGAAAUUCAGACGGAGACAAUGAAAUGUGUUAAGAGAGCGUAUCACAGCGAAGAGUCGUCCAUGAACGCGAGCACCUACGAAACCCAGAUUGGAGAACUGGUAUCCUCAAUUCAGAACCUGAAGGCGACCCUCUCUGCCAUCAACGAGCAGAGCUCCAAGGUCGUCGGCUACAUUAUAGACAACGAGAGCUUUGAGGCCGAAGAAUUCGUCAACGACUGGAGUUUCAUAGACUUCCUGCUUAGACUCUAUGAAGAACCGGCUGGGUCUCAAACGUCGGUGAAGUUUCAUCGUACUCCGAAUGCCCAAGAAAGCUUCAGGAAGAGCGUCAUUAGUAGCUACGGUUCCAGUUUGGACCAGAACAACUGUUGGUGCGUCAUCGGGGGAUGUAAAGUUGGCAAGUCAUCUCUGAGAGCUGCCCACAUCGUUGCCCACAACGUCGGGGAACUACACGCCAAAUACCUUUUCGGAGCGGCGCCGAAUCAGAGAACGGGGCAUCUCAUGAGCCCAGAGAAUGGGUUGCCCAUAUGCCAGCCCUACGAGCGGCUGCUCGAUGAGGCUAGAAUUGCCAUUGCCCCGGGAAAUUCACGUGGCGGCGGCUACCAGAGAGACUGGAAAAUCGUCAUCCUUGACCCGAGCCUCUUGAACGACUCUGUGGUAUACCAACCCGGCAACCUCCCAUGGGGGAAGAGGCUGGACGGGUUACGGCUGAGUUUCAGGAAUGAGUUCCGACCCAAAGCCCGGUACUUAUAUUUCUCUUUUGUGGCCAACGUGUUGCGCCGCCAACGAGGUAAUGCGCCAAAAUGGUGGGAGGCAAUUCAGUCUUACAUGGACACUCCGGCCUGGGUAACACCGGGAGAGUGGAUUCGAACGUCGACGCUGAGGAGACUAGCACGCCGUAUCGGCCAAACUAUGGAGUACUCGUCUCAAAACCCCUCAAGCAUCCUCCCCAGCUUAGCUGAGGACGACAAGAAUCCCCGAGGUGGAGGGAAAGGUGGUCAGGUCGGUGGGAAUCCGUUCGCAGCGCUUUCAGGCGGGGACCGUGAAGAGAGUGACGACGAUAGCGAUGGCGAUUAUAAGGUUGAGGGUGGUGAUGACGUUUUCGGUAAUUCGGGUAAGAUGAGCAACAGAAACAUCUUUACGAAUUUCAAGGGAUAGGUGCUCGCGGAACGACACGAAAAGUUUGGGUCUGUAGAGAACUUUACCAUUUCACUCCUCCUUAAUAUUGCCUCCCGGGGAUGCAGACGGC